AUGCCGCUCAUACAAAGCUCAGCAGAGCACCUCCCCUUCAUCGACAACACUCCAUCCGACGAUGCGCUCUCCUCAGCAAAUGCGCUGAUACAAGCCGAAAUGGCCUCACAAGACGCUUCAUCGCUGCACCCGUCAAUCCCAGCUUCAUACCAACCACGAUUCUCCGACCUAGUAGAAGCAGAGCACGCGCGCCUAGCUUCAGGAGCGGAAAAAGAACCAGGCACCGGCAUCGACCUCUCCCGCUACGAAGCCCUCGACGCACCCAGCAAAGGCGAUACCCAAGCCUGGACCACAACCCUACAAAAAGCCUACGCCAGUGCGGAAUACCUGCGUGGUCGUGAAGUUAACCUCAGCUUGCUCGAGACAUAUGGCAAGAACGCGUGGUUGAUCAGCAAUAACCAACUCGAGGACAUCCUACGUGAGCUGGAGAGGGAGGUGGAUGCGAUGAAGACGGAGCACGAGAACGUGGAGCGGGAGCGGAGGAUGGCGCAGGAAAAUGUGGCGGGCGAGAUGCAGAGUUUGGAGGAAGGAUGGCGGACGGGGGUGGGGAGGAUGAUUGAGACGCAGGCGGCGGCGGAGAGGGUGCGGAUGGAGAUUUUGGAGAGGAGGAGGGCGGGGGCACGGUGA